AUAAUAUCAUUACAGUGCCAGAGGAAAACAAACCAGCAUGGGUCCAAGACGGCAUGGACAUGGUGGGAAGAGAGGACAUAAAAAGCAAAAUAGACCAGCUAAAAAACGAAAAACAGAAAACAACAAGAGAUCACUGCCACAGAAGCCAGCUGAAACUAGAGAGGCAGCAAAACAGAUACUAGAAUCAAGCUCAUCUGAAAGCGAAGAGGAAAUCAAUGACUACCAGAAACUCAUGUUUUCCAUCAAGACUUCAGGCGGUGGUGCCACAGAAAUGGAUGGUUCAGAAUCAGGUGAUGAAGAGGAUGAUGAAAAGGAUGACGCAGACGGAGAUAAAUCAGAUGAAAGCGAGGAUGACAACACAAGUGAUGAUGAAUCUGACGAGGAAAAUGAAGACAAAGAGAUGGAUAGUAACAUUGUGAAUGGCAAAAAGAAAGAGACGACAACACAAAUUGAAGAAGAGGUGGAAGUUAUGGAAAGUGAUGAAGAUGAAGAACAUUAUCAAAUGAAAGAAUCGGAUCCUUUCAGUAUUCAUUUUGAAAAUGAAAAAGAAGAGGAUUUUAUCACAAAUUUGGAAAAGAAAGAAUCAUGGAAAAAAUCCAAUAUAAAGGUACCACAUGUUGGCAGUGCCUCUCUCACAGCCUCCACUCACCAGUCCAAGAUCAGCUCCACAGACAGGGACCUAAAGAAACAAUAUGUAAAGUCCAAGCUAUGUACACAGGUGUUUGAGACAAAUAAAAGUCGCUGUAAUGUGGACCGAGAUCUAGGAGACUAUCCAUUGAAUGGCUUCCAGGAGAACUUAUUUAGUAUCAUCAAUAAUUACCAGGAUCUGUACCUACCAAACAGAACAUUACCUAAUGGAGAACAGAUCCGUCUAGUCUAUUGUCUACAUGCUCUCAACCAUGUCCUCAAAACAAGAAGUCGUGUUAUUGCCCAUAACACUAAACUGAAGAAACGAGACAAUGACCAAACAGAUUCCAGUGACUACCGAGAUCAGGGCCUGACCCGUCCUAAAGUCCUCAUAGUUCUGCCAUUCCGAGAGUCUGCCCUGCGUGUAAUUGAGAUGAUGACCAGUCUGUUGAUGCCGAAGGACCAGAAACAUGUAGUUGGCAAUAAGAAAAGGUUCCAAUCUGAAUACACAGAAAUGGAUAAAGACAUAAAGAAACCACCUAACAAACCAGCUGAAUAUGAUGAAAUAUUUGCUGGAAAUAUUGAUGACCAUUUCCGUUUAGGAAUGGGUGUGGCCAAAAACACCCUUAAACUGUACACACCUUUCUACGCUUCUGACAUCAUCCUGGCUUCACCUCUCGGUCUACGCACAGUGAUUGGAGCUGAAGGAGAUAGGGAACGUGACUAUGACUUCCUGAACUCCAUAGAGAUCCUCAUAUUUGAUCAAGCUGACAUCUUCCUGAUGCAGAACUGGGACCACAUUACACACCUGAUGAAGCACCUCCACCUCCAACCAUCUGAAGCUCACGGUGUGGACUUCUCUCGUGUCAGGAUGUGGACUGUUAAUGGCUGGUCCAAGUUUUACAGACAGACCCUGAUGUUCAGCUCUGUGGCAGCGCCUCAGAUAAACGCCAUCUUCAAUAGACACUGUUCCAAUUACGCAGGCAAAGUGAUGGUGACACGCCCAGACACCAGUGGGGCAAUCUGUCAGAUUGUUACACAGCUACCACAGACUUACCACAAGAUAAAGACUUCUAGUUAUGCCUCGGCAGCUGAUGACAGAUUUGAAUUCUUCAUCAAGAAGAUCCUCCCUCAGCAGAAGGAAGCACUGAAAGCACAGACAGUCCUGUUCAUCCCGUCCUAUUUUGACUUUGUCAGACUACGUAACCACUUUGUCAGAGAAGAUUUGGACUUUUCACAAAUCUGCGAGUAUUCUAGUGACAAGAAUAACUCUCGAUCAAGGAGCUACUUCUUCCAUGGAAAUGCCCACUUCCUGUUGUACACAGAGAGAGCACAUUUCUUUAAGAGAUUCAAGGUACGUGGUAUCCACCACAUCGUGUUCUAUGAGCUACCUACGUACCCACACUACUACAGUGAGCUGUGUAACAUGAUCCAGGACCUGCGCAGUCUGAAGGAGGGGGACACAUGUACUUGUACUGCACUGUACACACAGUAUGAUGCCCAGAAACUGGCGGACAUUGUGGGCACCAACAGGACUUCUAUUAUGAUAAACUCAACCAAAACCACACAUAUGUUUGUAACCGGAGACAAUACGUGACAUCAUGUAAACGUAUAGUCAGGAAAUAUAUUCUGUACAAAGUUUCAACUUUUAAUAAGGUGUGCAAGUGCAAUUAGUUUUGAAAAACAUCAUCCUGAACCCUGGACUGCAAUUUCACAGGGACUCCAACUGCAGCUGAUGACAAUUUUUAGAAAAUAAAACAAUUUUGAGACAUUCUAACUGGUAUGUCCAACUGGCAAGUUAAAAUUACCAGAUUGCAUGUAAAUAUGUCUGCUGUCAGUAUUGAGGCCAUCAUUUCAAAUUAAGUGAAGGACUCUUACAAAAAAUAUAAAUAUUAUUAUAAUGGUGCUUGGAUUAAACUGUUGCAUAUUUAACUUGUUGUGUUGUCAGAGAAAGUUAUGUAUAAAGGAACAGCUGUACAAUAAAAUUUUAUGUCACAUUUGUAAAU